AUGGGGCUGCUCUGUGUAAAUCUUGAUGACAUUCAAGGUGAAUACCUACCCUACCCCCAAGGGAGCAGCCUAAUGGCUGGUACCAAGCUGACCUUCAUCACACAACUACUGUGCAGCCUCCUGGCCCUCUCCAGCCUAUCCUGGGGCCUUGGCACCUGCUACUACGCCCCGGACCUUAUCACCUCGCUGCCUGGUCUGGCUGAUCUGCCCAACUUCAAGCAGUGGUCUGGCUACCUCCAGGCCGGCUCUGACAAAUGCUUCCAUUACUGGUUUGUGGAGUCCCAAGGAAAGCCUGAGUCUAACCCCUUGGUGCUGUGGCUGAAUGGAGGCCCUGGCUGCAGCUCCAUGGAAGACUUAUUGGCAGAGAAUGGCCCCUAUAGGAUAAAUGAUGACGGCUCCCUCUACACGAACCCCCAUAGCUGGAAUCUAGUGGCUAAUGUGCUAUAUCUGGAGUCUCCGGCUGGAGUGGGUUAUUCCUACUCCUCUAGCCAGAACUACAAAAUUAAUGAUCAGCAGGUGAUGGUGGCUGAUAAUUACCAGGCUUUACAGAGCUUCUUCACCAAAUUCCCCAGCUUCACCAGCAAUGACAUCUAUGUAUUUGUAGAGAGUUAUGGCAGGGUCUACGUGCCCUCUCUCGGUGCUCAGAUUGUUAAUGGUCCAGCCUCCAUCAAUUUCAAGGGCUUUGAUGUAGGGAACGGAAUGAACAGCUGCUGGCUCAGUGAUGAGACGCUGCUUGAGUUCAGUUACUACCAUGGCAUGAUUGGAGUCAAUCUCUGGGACUCCUUGAACACCUACAGCUGCUCCGAGGGCUCCUGCGACUUCCGUAACAGCACUCAAGACACCUGCUUCGAUUCCAUCCUGGAGGCUUACAGAAUGAUCCAAGGUGUGGGCCUCAAUAUCUACAACCUCUAUGCACCAUGUUGGGGGGCCACGGGAUACCAGGAGCGCUAUGCUGCUGACGUGAGCAACCUCUAUAGCAAAUACCAGUUCAACGUGGCAGUGCCAAGACCUUCUGCCCCCGGAGCCCCCAUGCCUGGAGUCCCCAGGUGCAUCAGUGCCACAGCUAUGUAUGUGUGGCUGAACCAGGACAAUGUGAGGCAAGCCCUCCACAUCCCUGUAUUCCUCCCCACUUGGGAACUUUGCAGCACCCAGGUGACUUCUCAAUACCAGAGACAGUACAUGGACAUGGCUCCCUUCUACCAGGAAUUACUGCAAAGCAACAUCCGUGUCUUGGUGUACAAUGGGGACACUGACAUGGCCUGCAAUUUCUUGGGAGGAGAGAAGUUUGUGGAGGCCCUGAACCAGCGCGUGAUGACCCCCUAUCAUCCCUGGUACUAUAAAAGGCAGGUUGCUGGAUACUUCAGGGAAUAUGAGCAAAUCACCUUCCUCACCGUCAAGGGCUCUGGACACAGGGUUCCCCGGUACCGUCCAGCUCAGGCUCGGAAGAUGUUUGAGUCUUUUCUCAGGAACACCAUGUACCUGUGAUCUUCCCCUGCUGCUGAUACUUCUCAGGCUGCCCAUUGCUAAUCUUGAGAGAGCAGACCUGGGGUCCUUGAAAGGCUCCCACGACUGGCAGCCCACCCAGCAAUCCCAGCUUAUCCAAAUGAAUAAUCCUUUGCAAGUUUUCAAGGACUAGAAAAGAUUUCAAUUUCUGCA